AUGAAGUGAAUAUUAUACGGUGUUAUCUACAGAUGAUUCUUAUGUUUACUUAGAAGCACAAAUAUGGGAACUGGGAGCAGCAAAGUCGUGAUAAAACGAGUGGCAAAAGUCGAUUAUAGCGCUGUCAACGCGGCGCUUUCAGAUGAAAAGGACGAUACGAAYGAUGUAAACAAACAACUCGAACAGAAUGCGAACAUCGAGGCUCAAAAAGAUCCAAAAGAGAUAUCAGAGAAUGACUCAAACCAAAAAAGAAAUGAAAUCAUUUCAUCGCCUCAACCAGAAGAACCUCAGACGAUCGAAGUGAAACCAGUUUCAAAAACGCUCAAUGCAACUAAGGAAAAACUAAAGACGAAAGGUUUCACUGAUGAAGUGCUAGCGACACAUUGYGACGAAUCACCGGCUCAUUUCGACGAUUUUGUAAAGUUGUAUGAACAUGUUCAAAAGAUUAAAAAGAAUAUUCAGGAUGAUGAUUUUGUUUCUUUGACAACAACCUCCGUUAAAAAGAUCUCAUCAUUAUACGAAAAAGAAAGAUCAGAGAAAAUUAAGAAAGGGAAUAUGUUGGCCGAAAUCGGUUUUCCUGAAGUCUUCAGAGAUCUUUAUGACAAGCUUAUCGCUACAUUCCCGAAACUACUAACAUAUGACAGAGAAGAAGACGAGGAACACAAAGAUGAUGAAAGUCUUAAACCACUCCUAAAAGCUCAGGAUCUAUUGGGGUCAUAUCUUGUUGUCACGAUUAACUACACAGACUUUUGUGACAACCUUAAUGUUGCUUUUGGUAAUGCUGACCUUAUCUCACGGUUUGUAGAUAUGGUCGACAAAGUCAAAGAUUGUACUCCAUAUCAUGUCAAGUAUAUGGAUAUUAAUGGCAGUAUUUCMAAGAAAUAUCAAAGGGGAAACUUUCUUUCAAGGGGACUUGGUACUCUUCACAAUUUAAGCAAGCGUGUCCAAACAAGACCAAAGUUUGCAGAAUGUGAUGCUGUUAAAAUUCUUCUCCCAAUUACUGAGGAUAAAGUUACAAUUUUUGCCACAAAAGCUCUUCUAAUUUUAGCUUACUUGAUUGAUGAAAGCAAUAAUGAAUUGAUCAUGGCAAAUAAAGGACCAAUCAAGUUCUUGAUCCUGGGAAUUGACAAAGCCAUAACCAAGAGUUCUAGCCACAGAUAUUUGGGAUUCUCUAGUGCUGAACUCGCUGAAGGCUUGGCGCAAAUGGCAAUCAAUGAUACCAACAAGAAAACGAUUGUCAACAACAAUGCGCUUCCUAUCAUAAAGAAAAUGAUCGAAAAAGCGCUUCGUGAUGAGGAGACGAUCGAGGCUGUUGAACUUCUUUGGGUGCUCGCUUUUGAUGAAGAUAACCGAGACAAAAUGAAGAAAACUGACGGAUUGGUUGAUUUAUUGAAAACACUGAAAGAUAGCGAUAACGAUAUGAUAACGAAAGCCGUUUCCGGUGCAUUGUGGGAAAUAGAGGGGAAGCAAGGUUUGGAUUCCUCUGCAGAGAUGAAACAUUCAGAUAAAAGCAAGCACGUCAUGAUCAGUUACCAGUGGGACGUUCAAAAGACAUUGAUACAAGUGAGAAAACGACUAAUGACAGCUGGUUACAAGGUGUGGAUGGACUUAGAACAAAUGGGAGGAUCAACACUCGAGGCUAUGGCACGAGCUGUGGAGAACUCGGCUGUUGUACUCGUUUGUGUUUCUCAGAAAUAUAAAGAAAGUUCGAAUUGUAGAUCAGAGGCAGAAUAUGCCUUCCAGCUUAAAAAGGACAUUGUACCGUUGAUGAUGGAGAACAACUAUAGACCUGACGGCUGGCUUGGUAUGAUUAUGGGCUCAAAACUCUGGAUUGAUUUUGCGCAAGGUCAAAGAAAAAUGGAUACUAGCGUCCGUGAUUUAGUCAAAGAGCUUGGGGCCAGAGGCAAAGCUGGAAGCGAAGAUUUGGUUGAAGCUGUUAAUGUAGACACAGUGGACGCAGUACUAGAAGAACGAACAAAAGUUGACAUCAGUGGCUGGAAAAACAAAGAGGUCAUGGACUGGAUCAGCAGUUUUGGCCUUGAAGUCAAGAAAAAAAAUUCCUUGAAAAAGCUCAAUGGGCCUUUCUUGACACGUCUGCAUGCAUUACGCAAUGAGAGCCCCGACUACUACUACACUUCUCUUAGAGAUGAUGUAGGCAUCUACGACGUCUACAGUAUUUUAUCAUUUACAGACGAGCUGGAAAAACUUAUCGGAUAAAUCAUUCAUAAAUUAUUCCUAAUUGAGCAAUCACUUGCACGCUGAAAUGGAUGAUGGGAAAAGAGUUAUUAUUCAUACGACCAAGUUCAUCCGACCACGCAUUUUUCACAGAAUGGCGCUCUAUAGAAGAGACAAAUAAGCAAAUUGAACACAAUCCACAACCCACAAAUAUUAGACGCACAUAUUCUGACUCAAUGUCAAUAGAUUGUGGGUUACGAGUGAAUUGAGUCAGAAUAUAGGAGAAAUGUGACAAAAAAAGUUCUGGGGCUGCAGUCACGCACCCUCAUAUGACAUGGACCUACGUUUUACGUUCGUUAACGGAUUAAAUUAUUAAUUAUUUAUAUAAUUAUUAAUUUAUYAUUGUAGGUAGUCAAUUUGAUUAUGCAUCUCGGGCCACCGGGAAGGACUGGGAAUCAACAUAAUUUAUCCAUGAAUAUAAGAAUCAAGGGGAAAAGCUGCCUUUUGGCCUCCAAGGACCGGGAAAUACCCUGGUAUUGCCCGGAGGUUUAGGGACCGUGGUUUUAGAUAUCUGAUGCAUAAAGGCAGGUUAUAGGCAUAGGAAAAGCAAGAAUACACAGCAUGUAUCACAUUUUAUUUAUAUAUUAUGAUUCAAAAAAAGGCGGAACUCCUUAACUAUUCAUUUAACUAUUUAUUUAUGCAAAAAAUUGGUAUUGCUGCACAGGGAGUAGGCUAGUCGGUGAAUAGCAAUUGUUAUCCAAUAAGUGUACCGCAAUAUUUCCAAUCCUUGUAGGGUAUUAUCAGAUUUUUAUGUAUUUUUUUAUCUGAAAUAUUUUGAUCUUGUAUAAACAUGACUUUGUUUACAAAGCAUUGAAACGCAACGGAAGUUCCAUUAUGGACCUUAUUCGAAAGUAAUUUUCACGACACUUUAAUUUCGCAAUUUUCUCGAUUUGUAAAAAAAUGGGAAAUUAAAAAAAAAAACACAAAAAMGUUCAAGCAAAGAAGCCCAUACCUUUAAGGAAUUAUUUGGCAAAAACGUCAAAAAUAAUGUCCACGAUGACUGUUUCGAUAUUUUUCACGAAAUUAAGUGUCCRCGAAAAUUAGUACGAAUAAAGUGCUUAAGUUCUAUAUUUUUACCACCACUUUCAAGUUUUAACGAUGUAUCAUUUAUAUACUGUCAAACAAUAAACUCACUCACUUUGUAA